CAGAAGACUGCUUCAAGGGGGAAGAUUUCCCCUUCUCGGCAAUGGUUUUGAUUGUUCGAUGGUGUUUUUCCAUGAUCUUAUUUUCAUUUGGCCUAUAUGCAGCUCCGAAGAAGAGUCUGACAUUCUAUUUGUCGAGCGUUUCCUUCAGCAGCCCUCAACGAAAUGCGAUGCUGUUGUCUAUGAAUAACUUGUCCACUGAGACCCUUGCUAGGAAUAUCUCGUUCAGCAUUCCUGAAAUUUCAAUUGCAGUCGCCUAUCCCGAUUUGUCUCCAUAUCGUCGUCUGCCCUGGUCUACAGUUGAUCAUUGAGAGAUACGAUCUUCUCUCGUACCUCGUCACAUCGAGUGCCAGCCGCUUUCCAGUCUUCCUCCACCUGAAUAUUCCCCCAUUUCAUGCACACUCGGUGUGGUGUUAAUGAACUAACACUUGUCAUUAGCUACCGACCAUUUAUUGCUGAGGAGUAGACAAACUAUGUGACACCCAGCAAGACACCAGAAGCUUAAGAUGUUUGAAGUAUUGAUUCCCUUCUCUGCAAUAAUCUGUUUCUGUAAUAUUUAUCGAAGAAUAUUUUAUUUUAGUGUGAGAGAUACGAGAAAAUUAAAAACAAGUGUGAAAUAUACAAAUAUUUAUUGUAAGAAAUCCUCUGGAAAAGGAAUCGUCUCUAGAUGACAACAAAGAAAUGUACAAGUUUACGGAUAUUUCAGACAUAACUAAUGACAUAGCUAGUCCAUUUAAAAAAAUUAAUUAAAAGUAUUAUUCCUUUUAAGACUCUCACUGCAACAGAAAUAAAAGACGAAAUUAAAUAUAUUUUCUUAAAACUAAUCACUAUAUUACGAACUGUCUAUAAUUUAUUUUCUGCUGAAGUUUUCGGUUAGUUUUCACUAAUAAACAUUCCGGUGCUAUGAAAUGGUGACUGCAUGAAAUAUUGUUACAGAGGUCGAUGCAGUAGUUUUGGAUUUAAUAUUAACGGUGGAUAUAUUUACACCAAUGAACGAUAUUUUGAAUCAGUCAGUAUCUUCUUUGAAUAAUGCUGGUUAAUCUUUGUCACAGUAGUUUAAAACCAGCGAUUGUUUGUAACAAACCAACUUAUGAUGGCUAUGAAGUUAAUAAUCUUAUACAGCAGACAUCCUACCGAAACCAAGGUUUUAUGGUGGAACGCUUUAUCAAACCACCAGUAACUAUAACAUUAAAAUUCCCAUGUAACGUUGAAAUUUUCAAAAUAUGUAUUAAUCCCUUUGUUGGUCGACAAAAAUCUCUAGGCUUUGAGGUACACACAAAAUCUGAAGCUGUGAUAGAUUCGUGGUUGAUGAACUCCAGUCUGACACCUUCUGUUAAUACAGAUGGUAUUUUUGUUCCAGUCGGAAGAACUCUUCUUAAAGAAGCAAAAAUGUUUUGUUUCCGUAAUUAUAGUUUUAAAGGCCAACAGGAAAUACCCAGUACAAUGAGUUGUCAAUUAGAAUUACCUUUGAAACACCACCAACAGAAAUCUCUUACUUUUGUUAGUCAUGUGUCACUGAGAAUAACUCAGACAGAGGGGAGUAGUGUCCCUUGCAUUGGGAAACUUGAAAUAUGGGCUAAACCUGUGUCAAACAGUGUUACAAAUCUCGUAAGCAAAGUUUAUUCCUGUUUUAAAGAACAUCUUUUGAAUGAUCAGGUUUGUGAGAAAGACACAGUGACCAAGGACGACUUUAUUAAUCAAAACCCAGCUUCUUCUUUACCUACAAAUAGCAAUUCUUUUAACUUAAAUGGUGUUGAUGUUCCUGAAGAUUUUCUUGAUCCUAUCACAUGUGAAAUAAUGACAAUGCCAAUGUUGUUACCUUCUGGUCAGUCUGUGGACCAAUCUACAUUAGUCAAUUAUAACAAUGCUGAAUCAAAAUGGGGACGUACACCAAAUAACCUUUUCACUUCCAUUAAAUUCACUUCAAAUUACAAACCUGUACCUAAUACAUCACUCAAAGUAAGGAUUGAUAAAUUUCUCCUAGACAACUCUCAGCAACUUUCUGAUGUACCAAGAACUAUUGGUCGUGCUUCAGACAUACAGAAUCAAGGAUUGUCUAUAGAAAAUAAAGACUGGGUUCAACCUGCUCGUUUAAGAGCUGAUUCUCGAAAAACGUGCAGCCAAACAUUUCUUCAGCAUGGUAACUCUUCAACUAAACUUAAAGAAUCAUGUUCAUCACUAAACAAACAUCAGAAUAUGGCAGCUUCAAGUUUGAACGGUCAUAUUAAAUCUCACACAAAGCACGAAAAUAUCUCCAACAGUUUUGCACAAUCCAGAACUACUGAUGGAAAAAAUUUUCAAAUGCUAACUCCUGGAUUAAAGAGAAAAACUUUAUCUUCUUCAAAAACUGAUGAUGAUGUUGGUAACACUGUCAAAAGACAACAGACAUCUGAAAGUGUUCAGGUAAUUAGAGAUUCACAUGAGAAUGAUUUAAACCAAAGUCUUGAAGCAGCUUUAUCUCGAACUUUAAGUACACUUCCAUCUUUCAGUACACCAGUUAUGAAUAGCAAAGAGAUCAUUGUUAAAAAAUGUGCAAUAUGUCAAAUAAGCAAUGAGGCACAUCUCUAUGUGUUGCCUUGUACCCAUAUACUUUGUCGAAAAUGUCUCAAUAGUAAUUACCGAAAUGAGAAUGGUACUAUGAAAUAUUUUUGUUUACAGUGCAAGGAUUCUUAUAAUUCCAAAGAGAUUCAGCGACUUUAUGAUUGAUUUCUUCUCUGAUAUAUGAAUAAAUUUCUUAAACAAGAUUUUUUUUUUUUUUUUGUGACUUGAAUAUGUUUCAUACAAAGUUGGAAAGAAUGUACUUUUGCUUUGAAAUUUGUUAUAAAAAUUCUUAUGGUUAAAUAACCUUUUGAAAAUACAUCCUAAAGCUUAAGCAAGUGAUGGGAACUUCAUGGUCACAUAACCUGCUAGAGAUAGCAGCCAAAUCUACCUCAAAUUACAUUUUGCCAAUGUAAAAAUGAACACAUUUGAUUAUAUGGCUAAGAGCAUAUUAUAUUUGAAAAAAUGAUGGGAUGGCCCUAACUGGAGUGCAUUUCAUCAAAGCUGACUUGAGGCUAAGCAACAACUCAUAAAACAAUUUCAUUUUAUUCAAAAUAGAAACAGUUGUGUGCGUGAGAGGGAGAGAUGAAAACUUAAUAAAUCAUUAGUUUGGAUAUUAAAUUCCAAAUGAUUUCAAUUUAAUCAAUUCAUACAUUAUAAAUGAUGACAAAUAUUAAAAAAAAUUUAUUAAAUGAGAAGUGUUUUUAAA